AUGCCGUGGCAAUCGUUUAUCCCUUGGUCAAAUUCCUUAAAAACACGUGCUUGCCGACAAUUAAUACAUCAUUAUUUAGGUGUAUUUUUUCAAGAAAAACUUUCACUUGAUCAAUUAUCAAUUGAUCUUUUCUCCGGUCGUAGUCAAGUUAAAGAUGUUAUUUUAAAUUUAAAUGCCUUAAAUGAAUCAUUAACAAAUAAUAAUAUUCCACUUGAAGUAGUUAAAGCAUAUGUUGGAGAAAUAAAUUUAUCAAUACCAUGGACAUCAUUAUUACGUGAUAAUUCGUUAUUAGAUAUUAAAGAUUUAGAAAUAACUGUAAGACCAAAACAAACAAAUGAUCAAAAAUUAGCUGAUGCUAGUUUUGAAUUAUCAUCUAUGUUUAAUAGUAUGAAUACAAGUAUGCUUAUUGCACAAGAAUGUUUAAAAAAUGAAACUGAAGAAGAUACGACAUAUCAAGGAUUAGAAACAUUUGCUGCAACUCUCGAUUCAAUUCUUGCUCGUGUUCGAGUAACACUUACAGAUACUGUUAUUCGAUUAGAACAUUUAAUCAAUAAUGAUGAUCAUGGUGUUGCAUUUGAAAUUCGUAUAAAAAAAUUCGAAUAUUUUGACAGUGAAGCAACAAGUAUUGAUAUGACAGUACCACGUGAUUCGAAUUUAAUACGUCCAACUGUAUUUACAAAUAAAAAUUUUGUUUUAAGUGGUGUUACACUUUAUACAGAUGAAUUUUCUAUAUUUAAAAAUUCUUCGAGUAUGAUUGAUUCAUCUGAACUUAGUUUAUCGAAUCGUUUAAUAGCAGAUAGUAUGAUGUCAAGUGUAUUAACGAAUAGUUCAUCAGGAAUGAUGACAACAACCGGUGGAAAUACUCGAAUGGUUGGAUAUGAAAGUUUUGAUCCAGUUUUAUGUUUAACUAUUUCGGGUAAACAAGAUAUUCGUCUUAAAUUGAAACAAUCAGAACAAAUAUUUGGACCAAAAGUUGAAAUUGAAGCACAUUGUGGUUCAGUUAAUUGUUUAUUAACACCAAAACAAUUACAAUCAUUAAUUAUUCUUCUUACAGCAUAUCAAAAAGCUGCACUACAUUCAACAAGUGAUCCGACUUUAUAUAAUUCAUCUACUGCAAAUAAUCGUCCGAUGACUGAAGAUGAUUAUAAACGUAUUGAACAAAAUGCAGCAGAAGAAAUUCGAAAAAAAAAUUGUCAAUUUACUGCACAACAAUAUGAUAAUGAUAAUUAUCAUUAUUCUGAUGUUGAUAAUACAGCUGAUCCAAGUGAAUCAAUGUUUUGUUCCGUAGAAGGAAUGUCAACAAGUAUUGAUCUCGUAUCAUCAUAUACAAGUAGUCGACCUGAUUCAGCUUCAAUUUCAAGUCAUCCUCGUCGUCGAUCAUCACCUCAUCAUCAUUCAUCAUCAAAUCAACCGGUAAUUGAUAAAGCACAUUUAAAAGAAUCAGCAAAACGUUUAUUUGAACAAGGUCGAUCAAUAAUAAGUACAAAAUGUCGUCUACAAUUUAAUUUUAUUUCAUUAUGUUUACUUCAUCGUGAUAUUCAAACAAAUUCAACAUCACUUAGAGAAUAUUCUGAUAUUUAUUUUUCAAAUAUAUCAACAAUAAAUACAUCAGGAAUACUUGAUGAUAGACAAAUAAAUGAAUAUCGAUUAAAAUAUUCACAAGCUUGUUUAAAAGAUCAUCUUUUACUUAUUGGAAAACCAUUAAUUAUUGAUUUUAUUCAACAAUCAGCAGAAAAUUGUCUUUGUUUGGAUUUGGAUAUACGUUUUAGUUCAGUUGAUUUAUGUGAAUGUUUACAACCAGAAAAUACAAAUAUACAACCAAGUACAACUAAUGAAACAAAUCAAAUGAUAUUUAAUCGGUUAUUAUCAUUUAUUCGUCCGAGUGAAACAAAUUUUGAUUCUUUUUCAUCAUUUCAAGUUCCGUAUAAUAGCAUUCAAUCAUCUGUUCAAAUUUCUAUAACAAAUUUUGAUAUUAAUCAAACAAAAAAAAAAAAAUCUUCCAAUGCUUUUAAUCGUAGUCUUGCAGCAUUAAGACCAUUUAGUGAUAUUAAUAUUCGUCUAGGAUCAUGUCAAAUUGAUUUUGAUAUAUCAAUUAUUGAUCGAAUUUAUUCAAUUAUAAAUGCUUGUCAAGUAAAUAAUUCUUCAACGACAAAUAAAAGUUCCAAUAAUUCACUUUCAAUGUUAGCAGUUAGUUCUCCUGGAUGUAUUCUCAAUUUACGAUUUCCAAUAGCUGAUUUACAACCAUUAAAUAAACGUCGACCAUGGUGGAUUCAAGGUGUACAUAAAGAAAUUUUAAUAUUAGAUUUCAAACAAAUUCAUUUUCAAUCAAAUUUUAAUAAUGAUGAAUCAACAGCAUUAACAAUAACUAGUGAAUCAAUUCAAGUUUAUUAUAUGACUAAUAUAAAUUCUGAACGAUCACAUAUUGGACAAUUAUCAUCAAGUAAUGGUGAAGUAAUUAAAAUGAUUAUUAAUUUAAAUAAUUUAAAAGAUCUAUUAAUAAAUCAAUUAAAUCCAUCAAUGACAGAUACAUUAUUUGAUUCAAUUUUUUGUCGUUUACCAACAAAUGAUAAUAAAUUACCAUUAAAACAUAAAAAUACAUUAAAUGAUAAUCGUCAAAUACUUGAAGUUGCUGAUACAAAUACAAUAAAUGAAUUUAUAUCAUCAUGUAGUCAAGAAACAAAAUUAAAUUUACAUAUUAUUAUUCCAUAUAUAUUACUUUAUGUAUCUGAUCAAGUAUUUCUUGAAACAAUUUAUAAUCGUUUUGUAAAUAAUUUAUUUAUGUGGGAAAGUUCAGUACCUAUGAAUAGUGACAGUUCAAAUCAAAUGUUUCUAACAGCAAAUAAUUUAAAUCGACGAUUAAUUAAUUCAUAUGGAAAUACAUCGUCUGAACAAAUUAAUGAUCAAGCAUUUCAAUUAUGUCGAUCAAUGAAUAAACAUUUUACAACUCAUUCAUCCGACGAUGAUGAUGAUCAAAUUUUUUCCGAUGAAGAUGAUGAUAAUGAAGGACAAAUAACACCAAAAUUAUCAAAGAAAAAAGGACCACAUGAAUUUGUAAUACAACUGAAUGUACACAAUAUUCAUCUUGCUCUUAAUGCACCUUUGGGUGAGAAAAAUUCAAAAGAAUCUCGUACAACUACUUCCAAUAUUGGUGAAUUUCGAAUUGAUGGACAAGGUUUAACACUUGCAUUUGUUAAUGGUUAUCAAGGUGAUGAAAAUCUUGAAUAUUUUUGUUUAUUAAGUCAAUCAGUAUCACUUCAACAUAAUGGACAUGGAACAGUAAUGAAACCAAAUAUAUCUUUAAAUGAAGUUAUUAGUCGAUCAUUACCAGAAUUAAUAACACGUUGUCCAUCAGAUGCAUUUUCAAAAUAUAAUAAUAAUGCAACAAUGAUUCGUUCGGCUUAUGAAAUUCGUACAACUGGUAAUCGAUUGGAUGGUAAACAAAAAAUAAUUCGUGGUUCAUUUACAAUUGAAGGUGCUAUGUUACAUCAAAAAAUUGUACCAAAAUCUGAAAGUUGGCUUUUACAACUUAUUGAAUUAUUUGAUUUAACUGAUGAAGAUAUUCCAGGUUAUAUUCCAACAACUUCUUUACUUGAAUGGCAUUUAGAAUUUCGUCAUUGUGGUAUACAUUAUCGACCAUUAUAUUUUGAUACAAAAUGUUUUGUUGCUAUUGAUUCAUUAACAUUAACAAAUACAUUUGUUAAGAAUAGUAAAACAACAUUACUUGAACUUAAUUUAGAUGAUUGGGCAAUUUAUUUAUCAAAACAAAAACGUGAUCGAUAUAAAAUUGAUUUAUUAAAUGAUUAUAUUUGUAUUAUAAGUGGUGGUGCAUUUGAAAUCAAAUUAUGUUUUAAUGAACCAGUUGAAAAUACACCAAUAACUAAUCCAUUAGUUGAUAUUCGUAUUGCAUGUAAUAUGAUACAUAUACGAUCAUGUUCAGAUUCAGCAAAUGCUCUAAUUGAAUUAUUAAAAUAUGUUUUAACUGAUGGUGAUCUUCAACAACCAACAACAAAUGAAACAAGUCGAAGUAGUACACCAAUUGAAAGAAAACGAAAUGAUCGUCCUGUGCGAAUAUUAAAUGAUGAUACAAUGAAUAAUGAACAAUUAACAAUAGAUGAUACAUCAAAUCAAAUGUUAUUAAUUGAAGAUGCUAUGAAACCAAUAGGUUCAAUAAAUAAUUCUGUUAUGCAAUCUGAAGAUGAUGAAAAUAUUUUAUCAAAUAGUCAUUCAUCAGAUAUUGAAUGUGGUUCAGUAUUUUCAUCAUCAUCAUAUAGUAAAGAUGAUGAUUCUCUAUUUUCAAAUAAACGACAAACAAAAAAUCAUGGAGAAAAUAAUGGAGGUUUUGAAUUUAUUGAUCGUGAAAUUGGAAUGUGUCGUCCACCUAAAAAUGGUAUAUGUGAAGUUCAUGUUUUAAGUGAAACACCAAUACAAAUUCAUGAAAAUCAUUUUGCUAAACCAUUAGAAAGAAAUGAUAUAUUGAAUGCUCCAGCACAUUUACCAGUUCCAACAUUAAAAUUUUCUAUUCGACAAAUUUCAAUUGUUUGGCAUAUUUAUGGUGGAAGUGAUUUUGCAAUACCAAAACCAAAUGAUAGUCAUGAACAACCGGUUCAAUUAAAUAUUAAUGAAUCUGUUCGAUUUACUUUAACAUCAAAUUCAUCACCACCAACACAAGAAAAAGCUGGUGGUCGAUUGUAUAGUUCAUAUGAUACAACACGCUUACCACGUCAUGAACGUGGUGGACCUUGUAGAGAUUUACGAACGAGUAUGGAAUUUUCAAUAAGUAAAGCACGAUGUCAAUAUGAAACAUAUAGUGAACAAGAAAAAGCUUCAUCAAGAUUUGUAUUUGCUAUACAUGAAUUUGAAAUUCGUGAUCGUUUAUUAGCAAGAUCAGAAAUAAAUAAAUUUUUAUAUUUAUAUACAACUGAAGCAGCACCAAGACGAACACAUGCUGAUAUGUUAGUUGUAAAAAUUCUUCAUACAAAACCUGAAGGUUAUAUUAUGAAAGCACCAAAUGAAGAAUUUGAAAAUGAGAUAGAUUCAAAAUCAUCAUCAGAACCACUUGAAUGUGAAAUAAAAGUAUCAUUACAACCAUUGAGAAUUAAUAUUGAUCAAGAUACACUUGUAUUUAUGAGAAAUUUUUUUAUUAAUUUAACAAAUAAUCGAGAAACAUCAACACCAAUACCAGUUAAAUAUGUUUUAGUUAUUGAACAAAAUUCAAACAAUAUAAAUAAUGAAUAUCCAUCAUCAUCAUUGGAUUCUGAUCUUAGUACAUCACCUUCAUCACGUUAUAUAUCAUCAUCAUCAUCACCAACAUUAAAUACACCAAUAACUAAUGAUAUAUCACAAUCAUCAAAUUCAUCACCAUCUGUAUUUAUAAAACAUUUUGUUUUUUCACCAGCUUGUCAUAUACGUAUUGAUUAUCAUGGAAAAUUACGUAGUGAACAAUUAUUUGAAGCAGGACCAUUAUUAAAUUUACUUAUUGGUUUAGCACAAUUAGCUAAAGUUGAUAUUUAUUUAAAACGUAUAUCAUAUAAAAGUGGUUUAUUAGGUUAUGAAAAAUUAUUCAAAUUUUUAUUAAAUGAAUGGUUAAAUGAUAUACGUCCAACAGAUGUUAUUAAAGGUAUUGUACCAUUAUCAUCAAUAUCACAAAUUGUUAUUGGUAUAAAAGAUUUAUUUUAUUUACCAAUUGAUCAAUAUCGUCGUGAUGGUCGAGUUUUUCUUGGUAUACAACGUGGUGCAUCAUCAUUUACAACAAGUACAGCAUUAGCAUUAAUUGAAUUAAGUAGUCAACUUGUACGUUGUGCACAUUUAGCUGCAUUAUUAUGUUUUGAACUUGUUUCAUCAUCAACAACAUUACCAGAUGGUUCAAUAUCUUCAUUAUCAUCAACACAAACAAUUAUGGUACGAAAUCGUCCACCACCAAAUGAUAUACGUGAAGGUGUUACAUAUGCUGUUAAUGUUAUUCGACAAAGUUUUAAUACAACAUCACAUCAAUUAAAAACAGAAGCACAAUUAGGACGAAGACGAAAAGGUAUAUUAGGUGUUGUUGGAGGUUUAUUAAGACAAAUGCCAUCUGUUGCUAUACAACCAAUUGUAACAACAACAAAAGCUGCAGAAAAUGUUCUUGUUGGAGUUCGAAAUCAAAUUGAUCGUGAUAAACGAAAUGAUGAUAAAGAGAAAUAUCGAAGUGAAUAA